UGAUACAAUUAUCAAAAAAAAAAAAAAAAAAAAAAAAAAUUCCUUCUCAUCUUUAUAUUCAAUAAAAAAAAACAGAUUAUUCAAAAUGGGUCGUAUGUAUACUUCUGGUAAGGGUAUCUCUGGUAGUGCCCUCCCUUAUCGUCGCACUCCCCCUACUUGGGUUAAGACUUCUUCUGAAGAAGUUGUUGACAUGAUCUGUAAGAAUGCUAAGAAGGGUCUUUCUCCUUCUCAAAUUGGUGUUGUCCUUCGUGAUUCUCAUGGCAUCCCUCAAGUCAAGUCCAUCACUGGUAACAAGAUCCUUCGUAUUCUUAAGACGAACGGUCUUGCUCCUGAAGUUCCUGAAGAUUUGUACCACCUUAUCAAGAAGGCUGUCUCUAUCCGUAAGCACUUGGAACGUAACAGAAAGGAUAAGGACUCUAAGUACCGUUUGAUUCUUAUUGAAUCUCGUAUUCACCGUCUUGCUCGUUACUACAAGACUUCUGGUCAACUUCCUCCCACUUGGAAAUAUGAGUCUGCUACUGCUUCUGCUAUGGUCGCUUAAAUUGGUGUUUCUGUUGUAUCAUGAGAUGGAGAAAAAUGAUUUUUAUGUAUCUUUUUUUUUCUUCAACGUACUAUACAUAUACACUUGUUUUGAAUAAAUAUAAUUAACAAAAGAAAAAACGCUUAGAUAUUUAAAAUGCUUAAAUAGACCAAUAGUGGUACCUUUUUUUUUAUUAAAGGGGUUGUAUAUUCAAAUAUAGGAAAGCAAAGUAACUAGCCAUUAAAGCUAAAAAG